GAUCGUUAUUGGGCCGUAACUAACGUGGAUUACAUACACCAACGAAACGCCGUACGGAUCGGAUCGAUGAUCGUCGCCGUGUGGACAGUGGCCGCCAUCGUCUCCAUAGCGCCGGUCUUCGGAUGGAAAGAUCCGGAGUUUGUGCACAGAAUUGAAAUCGAGAAACGAUGCCUAUUAUCGCAAGACAUCGGAUAUCAGAUCUUCGCCACAAUCGCCACGUUUUACGGACCACUUGUCUUCAUAUUAGCGCUCUAUUGGAAAAUAUUUCAGGUGGCCAGAAAGCGGAUCCGCCGUAAGCCGGGCAAACUGGUGGCACCGGUGAGCAGCGCUCAAACGCCCCGACCCUUAGCGCCGAGUCCUUCGUCGCAAAACAUGAAUAGCAUUAACGACGAUAUGAACACAACUACCGAUGAAUUAACGGACACUCAGUGUAAGCAACAUAACGACAAAGAGAUACAAUUGCAACAAAUGAAGCAACACUUGAGUCCCAAUCGGACCACUUUAACCACCAAUGGAUCCAAUAAUAAUCCAAAUCCCACCUCCAGUUCUAACCAUAAGAUCAGCUCAACUCUGGCCCAAAACACAGUUAAGGCUCAACACAAAAAGGCCACUAAUAAGGAGUCACUGGAGUCCAAACGGGAGCGAAAAGCGGCCAAAACUCUGGCCAUAAUCACAGGUGUGUUUGUGAUGUGUUGGGCGCCGUUCUUCGUGAUGGCAGUACUGAUACCGAUAUACCCGCCAAUCGAGCCAAACAAAUAUAUAUCGAGUUUUUUCUUAUGUCCGGAUUUCCGAAACGGCUUCAGAAGGAUAUUAUGCGGCAAACGAUACGCCAAUAGACGCGGCAAUAGAUAGUGAAUAUAUUUGCCGCAAAUGUGUGUCUCUUUUUUGG